GCGAGUGUUACCAUCUAAAAGAAAUUGUUUUUCUUUUCUUGUCAACAGCUGUCAAAUAGCUUCAAAAUGGUACAGCGUCUAACAUUUAGACGGCGAUUGUCGUACAAUACCAAGUCAAACCAGAGGAGAAUAGUACGAACACCUGGUGGCCGUCUAGUCUACCAAUAUGUCAAGAAGCCCAAGAAGAUCCCAAGAUGUGGCCAGUGCAAGAGCAAGCUCAGGGGUAUCCAACCUGCCAGGCCCGCGGAACGUUCCAGACUGUGCUACCGUAAGAAGACUGUGAAACGCGUAUACGGUGGAGUCCUCUGCCACAAGUGCGUUAAGCAACGCAUCGUCAGAGCUUUCCUCAUUGAAGAACAGAAGAUCGUCAAGGUUCUCAAGGCACAGCAAGCGACGGCACGGGCUGGCAAGAAGGCCGCGAAAUGAGGAUAAGGUGUAAAUAUAACUAAAAAAUCCAA